AUGAAGAUGGCAUCAACCACGGCAGUUGUACUGGCCCUGGCCGCUGCGAGGAUUCACUUUCUCCCCGGUGCCUUCGCUUUUGUGAAACCCGCCGUUGGCGGCUCCAACCGGGCGACCUGGGCCGUGGCUUCGACACGAGCCCAACAACAAGACCCGCUCCCACCGUGGGACGAGACCUCCAACCCGAUCGCGACCGUGCGCGAGAUGCUGGCGGCGCCAGAUGCCCCGGAGGACACACCGAACCGCUUUGAUGGGGUUGGGUGGUCGAGUGGUGGGAUCUGGCGCUCAAGGGUGUAUGGGUUGCUUCCAGCGAUGGUGAUUGAUGCUUGGGAAGGCACGAAAUGGAUGACGAAGGAAGAAGCCGCCGGAAAUUUGUACCAGGACUGGCUGGAAGGCACGAUCCAGGUUGUGGGAAAAAAAGCGGUCAGCAACCUUGGCACACAGCAUGAGGUGCACACCAUCGUCAGGAGGGUAAACGGUGAGGCGUUAUCCCCCAAAGCCGUCCUUAGACUACAGCCGCUCCUGGAGGCUCCUCUUAGAAGGCUUGUUCUUCGCUGGGAAGAGCUCGCCGAAACAGGCCAGGAACUGACAAUGCAGAACGACCUCAGGAGGUUUAGCCUGGAAUCGAUCGCGGGAGCGUUCUUCGGUGACUACGCCACGCCCAGGUUUGUCGAAGACACCGGGCGCUUACUCCCGAUUCUCAGACAAGGGUUGGUCAGUAUUCCGUUCCGGUUCUCGCCGCCCCUGAACAGACUCCCGAUGCUCGGCUUCGGACUCUCGAUGCACGCCAGAGAAGAGCUCAAAGGAUUAAUUCGCGACGCGCUGCACAGGCGACGCGUGGACCUGGCGUCUGAGCAGGGUACCAACAAGAACCCCUGCGUCGUGGACUCCUUUGUCGAUCUUCAGGGCCAGCAGCAGAUUGGCGCCGAGGGUGCGCUUGACGGGAGCUUUUCCUUCGACGACGACUUCAUCAUUGACAACGGUCUUGUUGCUCUUUUCGGGGGAAUAGACACGACUUCGGUGACCCUCACGCGCAUGCUACAGCUCCUCGGGACUGCGGAGGACGGCAAGGAGGUAAUGGACCAGCUUAUCGACGAGCUUAACAACGACGCAACGAGUGGAAAUAUCGCCCUCGAAGGCGGUGCCGCCGGCUUGGCCGGCACCUUGGAAUCGCUGUCUCUCCUCAAAGCUCUGGCUGGUAAGGACUUCAGCUACAACGGAUACCUCAUCCCGGAGGGGCAGACAUUCAACUGGAACCUCAUCCACGGGUCACGCGCCGAGAAGCUCUACCCCGAACCGCAAAAGUUCUGUCCGUUCCGUUUCCUGCAUGGAGGCGAAAAGAAGGAUACAGACAACGCGGCCUCGCCUGGUACUGGUGCCCGGUCAUCAGGGCAGCCGAUCCCUCCGAUGUGGGGCUUCGGGAAGCACAUGUGCCCCGGCCGUGACCUAGCGAAAGUCGAGAUCGUGCUGUUCAUGAAGACAUUCAUGCCCAAAUUCGACUUUGAGAUCGUGGAGGGUCAGAUCCGCUCGCCGAUGGAGGAGGGCCGCGAUGCAGAGCUUGCAAGUUCGCAACGGCAGAUUUCGCAAUUUGCGGCCCUGGUGGAGGAGUCGGCGAAGAAGAAGGAGCCNGGCGGGGGAUUUCUCCAGCAGCAAGCGAGAGAUAGUGGGCAAGGACCACGGCAGCUACUGGAAGGCGGAUGGGCCAGCAGAUCGGGAGCGAAUGCUGUUGGACCAGCCGGAGUGGGCCCGGGCAUAGGACCGGACUACGGGGAAGCGAGGGGGUUGAGCCCCCCAGGACUGGACGGCCAAUUGGUCGGCAACAGCGAGAGACUUGCACCUGUCGGCAACCCAAACGUGCCAAGCUCGGAGCUGUACCGCCUCCAAUACACCAGCGACGAGGUCCAGAGUGGCCUCCAAGCGUUCCAUUUUGUGACCACUGCCAUCGUCAGAGAAGCCGAAAAGGCGAUCGUGAACAAAUGCGAGACCGCAGAAGAGAUCCUCGCUCGACAAAAUCUACGAUCCGGAAUAGCAGGGCUCGAAAAAGCCCUGAUGAAGCAAAUGUUCAACUUCACGAUCCCCACACACAGCAGCAGAAUCCCCAUCGAGCACCUGUACUCGCUCGAGCUGCUGGCCGAGAUCGUCAGAAUCGCGAGCACGGUGCACGCGAGCCUUCCGGAGGGGAGGAAGGCCUGGAAGAGCCAGCGUAGGGCGGAGCAUGCUCUCCUCGCGAGUGACGGUGGCGGCGGGGGAGGAGCGCCGGGCCGCGGCAACAGCGGCCGCCGCAAGGGUGGCGGCGGCGGCGGCGGCAACCAGAAGGGGAGAGGGGGUGGCGCGAAGGCUGGAGGCGGCAGCGGAGGCGGCGACGACGAUGCGGGUAGCAUGCGCGGUCGCUGUUUCCGGUGCGGUAAGAAGGGCCACCAGGUGGCCAACUGCCCCGAGAGCAAGCCCGUGCGAUGUGAGACAUGCAAGGGCUACGGGCACGACAAGUGCAAGUGCCCGACCGAGGAGGCGGUGCUCGUGAUGGAAGUGCCGGCGGGGGGGGCGCCUGCGGACGCCACAGCACCCUCGUUGGCAGAAGAAGCGCUGGUGGUCGAUUUCCACUGCGCGCACGGCCACUCCCACGAGGUGCUGCUGAGGACCACGGCGAAGCAGCAAGGGACGACGCUGGUGGGCGAGCUCCGGGAGUGCCUGGGGUGCUCGACGGCGAAGGGGCUUAGCAAGCCCAUCCCCAACAAGACGUCGAUCCGAGCAAUUAAGAAACUCCAGCGAGUUUUCGUGGAUUUGAGUGGAAAAGCUAGGGUGCAGAGCUUGGGGGGAAAGUGGCUAGGCGGGGUAGGUAUGUUGCCGAUACCGGCGCUACCACCCACAUGUUCGNCCCCCGUUGACAUCAACGAUUUCCACUGCGCGCACGGCCACUCCCACGAGGUGCUGCUGAGGACCACGGCGAAGCAGCAAGGGACGACGCUGGUGGGCGAGCUCCGGGAGUGCCUGGGGUGCUCGACGGCGAAGGGGCUUUCCAAGCCCAUCCCCAACAAAACGUCGACCCGAGCAGUUAAGAAACUGCAGCGAGUUUUCGUGGAUUUGAGUGGAAAAGCUAGGGUGCAGAGCUUGGGGGGGAAGUGGUACACUCCCAUUGUCAAGGAUGAUCACACAAGGUGGAAACGUGUCUAUUUCCUGAAGCACAAAUCAGACGCCGCUGAGGCAUUCGAGAGGUACUUUGCAGAAAACUCGGCAGCCCCGUCCGAUGUCAUGGUCGUGAGGUCCGACAAUGGAGGAGAGUUUUUUUAGGGAGAGAUCAGCCAGGUGUGCCGGAAGUACUACAUCAAACAGGAGUUCACCCCCGCACAGAGCCCAGAAUACAACGGUGUAGCUGAGAGAGCACUGGGUCUGAUCAAGGAUGCAGCACUAGCCGCCCGUAUCCAAGCGCCAACUCUUUACCCCGGAGCACCGAACUACCCAUCCCUUUGGGCCGAGGCCAUAGCUUGGUCAU